GAGCGGCGUUCACGGCCUCUCCCACCGCCUGCGGGGGACUCUCGGGUGCUACUCAGUGGCUAGGAACCCUGGAGCUGGGCGACUGGGUCCGCCCGAGCCCUUUCUCGGCUGCGCCGACCCCGGAAGCCGGCGUCCGAGGGAGCUCUCCGCGAGUCACGCACGUCCGGGAGCCGAGCCCGGGCCUCUUCUCCAGGCUGGCGGGCGGGUCGGGUGACCCCACAGGCAGGGCGGCAGCACGUCUGAAGACCAGAGCCUGUGACCCCACCUCCGCCCAGCCCGGGCCAGCGACCAUCUUGGCAGCUGACAUCUCAAGGAAGACUUGGGGACUCGGGAGUGCUGGGGGAGCCUCCCCCGGCAACAUGGAGCGUUGGGGCGGAAUGCUGCGGGUCCUCCUGUCCGUUCCGGGGUGGAGGGGAGGAACCGGGGGCUGGGCCUUCAGCUCCUGGCGGCACCAUCUGCCCCCGGCUGGGUUGAGUGCCACAGAGCUGGUCAACAAGUGGACAGCGGUCUUUGAGAAGGAGGGCAUCCCCGAGGCCCGGGAAUCCAGUGAGUACAUCGUGGCCCAUGUGCUCGGAGCCAAAACAUUUCAGAGCCUGAGGCCAGCACUGUGGAGGCAGCCCCUGACCCCUGCGCAACUCCAGUGCAUCCGGGAACUGAGUGGCCGCCGACUGCAAAGGAUGCCUGUGCAGUAUGUCCUCGGUGAGUGGGACUUUCAGGGUCUCAGUCUGAAGAUGGCGCCCCCGGUGUUCAUCCCUCGGCCAGAAACGGAGGAGCUGGUCGAGUGGGUGCUGGAGGAGGUGGCCCCAGGGCCCUGUGUGGCGGAAGCCCAAGGAGGCCCCCUCAUCCUGGAGGUGGGCUGUGGCUCGGGAGCCAUCUCCCUCAGCCUGCUGAGCCGGCUCCCCCAGAGCAGAGCCGUCGCCGUGGAUAAGGGGGCCGCCGCCGUCUGCCUGACCCGGGAGAACGCUCAGAGGCUUCGUUUGCAGGACCGGAUUCACAUCGUCCCCCUCGACGUGACCUCAGAGGGGAGCUGGGCGCAUCUUCUGCCCUGGGGCCCCCUGGACCUGAUCGUCAGCAACCCUCCCUACGUCUUCCGCCAGGACAUGGAGCAGCUGGCCCCUGAGAUCCGCAGCUACGAAGACCCAGCCGCCCUGGAUGGCGGGGAGAAGGGCAUGGACAUCAUCGAGCGCAUCCUGGCCCUGGCCCCACGGCUCCUAAAGGACUCUGGAAGCAUCUUCCUAGAAGUGGACCCGAGGCACCCGGAGCUCGUCGGCGGCUGGCUUCAGAGCCGGCCCGACCUGUCCCUCCAGCUCGUGGCCGUGCGCAGGGACUUCUGUGGGAGGCCCCGGUUCCUGCACGUCCGGAGGUCUGGCGCCCCGGACGGCUGCCCUGUGGACGUCCAGCCAGGGCCUCCGCCUGCCAGAGCGCCUGGAUGACACCUCUUCCCAGAAUGCUCCUUGGAGAGAGGGGGGCGGGGCCCUGCAGAGCUCCGGGCACUCGGGGCAUUUCCCGUGACUCUGGGAUUCCCCAUGCUCUGUGUUUCUAGGAGGCUUGGGGGAAGAAGGCAGCGCAGGGGCGUCGUCCCUCCCUCGGCAGCAAACAGCACGGCCGUCCACAGCCCGGCUCCGGGGCUGAGCAGCCCGGGGUUCCCAGCCUGGUUCCGUCACGCCCGCGUGGCCAGCGCAGGCUGCUGGGCGUCUCCGUGGGUGGAACAGCCCUGGGGACAGGGGGAGAUGUGGCCAAUGAAGCGUCAAGAGACUGGCCCUGGCCGGGGUGGCUCAGCGCUCCCACGCACCAACACGUUGUGGGUUUUGUCCCCAGACGGGCGCGUGCGAGAGACAACCAACCGAUCAGUGUUUCUCUCCCUCUCUUUCUCCCCCUCCCUCUAAAAUCAA